AUGAGAACGAUAUCGUUUGCCUAUUCUGGAUUGACAGGUUUUCGUCAGCAGCUAUUUGAACACCCGGGUUUUGAAGACCUCCCAUUUGGCCAGUGUAUGAUCUGCUGCCUGUUUUCUCGAUCCUAUGAUCUACGAAUCAUUACGCUCACCCAUUCGACGUCAGCUGUGUGGUGGGGGCGAGAUGACCCAAGUGAGCGCGAAUUUACUGACCGGAAGGUUCGUGGUUCGAAUCCGACCUCCGCCACUCGACUUCGCCUGUCUAGGCUUGGGCAACCUGACAGUAUCCUAGCCCUCGUGCUUCCUUCGGGUGGCAUGGCAGCUAGGCACCGGAAGGGUGCUACAGUUGAACGCUUUCUUUUCUUUCAGCUGUGUGAUAUGCACGAAGCUCGAGAACCUUCAGUGGUUAAGCACGAACUUCCCGAUCGGAAGCUCCACUGUUCGAGCCUAACCUCCGCAUCCGACUGCUCCUGUCCAGGCUUAGGCAACCUGACGGGCUUUAUGUCCGGUUGUUUCUCAAAAGUAGCUUGCCAAGUUGUUGACUGCCCAAAUCUCAAAGAUCCAGCAUAUGCGUUGAAUUCUGCAGGUCUUUGCGGAUCAGAGACUCUAUGCGACAUUGGCAGUUUUGAUUACCUCUUACCGGUUCCAAACAAGGAGAAGCGAUACGAUUUGCUUGAUGCCUUUUCCUUGAGCCACGUAGGAUCUGGAUUUAUUAUGGGUGCGGCGGCGGGUCCGCACUUUGUCGCCGGUAUUAAUUCUGAGUUAGUGGCCAACCUCUCUGCUACCGAUGGAAAAGUACUUCAGAACGGUUCGUAUUGUGGUUCAUAUGAUGCCAAGAACAACCUCCCUGUGUCUACUCUAUCCGAAACCAGUUUGUUUGCCAUGGUUGGUCAAAUGUUCCUCUGCGAGGGGAAACCAGGCAAAGUUAUCCAACUUACAGUUUCGGGUCGUACUCGCGAGGGCAAGUUUGAUGCACUGUUACGUGAGGCUCUGGCUUCGAAAUACGGCGCCCUAGACCGUCCUGUUGGUGUAGGUGGAGUGGUGGUCCAGGAGACAGGGAAGUGCCUCUUCCACGUUCUCCCCGAAUUCUGUGAGGAGCCUUUGGAUACCCCAGAGAAGUUGAAACAGUGGCUAAAAUUCUUUGAAAUGGAAGCGCCGGUGGUCGCGGUUGGUACGGCGCUCUCUCAUGAUCCUCAAAAAUGGAAAAUUCGAUUGGAACAUUUUCAUUGCUUCAACAGAGACCGCACAAAGUCGGGCCACUGUCAUUUUGACUCUGACGGACCUACAGCAAGUUACACAGCCUAUCUCGUCCCAGGAAAGCGGCUUCUCCGCGUUGAUCCUCCGAAAUAAUGCACAAUCGCCCGCGAGCUCUCUCCGGUUUUCCCCGAAUCUCGGUACACCUAGUCGUUUUCUCUCAUUUGACUCCGUUCUUCCGUAUUCUAUGCCAGAUCAUUCAGCUUCAACAAAAUUAUGUUAUGCACGUAGUUC